AUGUCAUAUCCGUAUUUCAUUUACGUCAAUGUGGUGAAUGAGAGAUUCCCUCCAGGUAUCGGGCCUCCUUUAAACAGUACCGGCCAGAGGACCUUCGAAUAUCUAGUCCCAGUACACAAUCCUCUGACUUACGUCACCUUCGAAGGAUGGGUACAGGAGCCAUGGCGCAAUCACACGCAAAUGCAAUUGAUUCUCGGCGAAGCCCUCAACGACGCUCUCAAACGUAGAGAUGCCGAUCCAACGGCAACUCUUGCCCCAGAAAGUCAUUACUAUUGGGAUCUUCAAGGCAAAGCUGAACAAGAGAUAUACCUCGAACCGUUUGAGCCAGAGCCGAGUACCGUCCCGGACGGUAAGAGAAAGCGGACAAUGAACGAGCUGACCGGCGUGACGUGGAAUGUCCUAGUCAAUGUAUUUUUGGCGUUUAGGAAGUUUUUUGAGGCGUAUCCAGAUCUGACAUAUGACUACGAUGUGUUUGUUGAGGAUGAUGAGGUCAAGUACUACGUGGCUAGCGGUCUUGUUGGUGAAUGGCCUGAUAGUAAUGCCGCGGGCGGUGGGCAUGCUGGGACGUCGAAUGAUGAUGGUGAAGUUGAAACGGCAUAG